GUGAAACAGACUCAGACCAAGUCUUACAACUGAUAUCACACACACAGCACCACUUCCACUUUUCCAACACAGAAGAGUAACCACAUGGAGGCCAGCAUGAGAGAAACCCUGGAGGCGCACCUCGAUGAUUUUGAUAUUUCUGAAGAUCUGGGAUUCGUCCUUGAAGAUCCACUGACUACCCUUCCAGACUAUUAUCGGGUGUGGAUGGACCUGGCGAAUAAUCUCACACAUCUGAUUGAGUCACAUAAACUUCGGGACCGGGUCCAUGAGAUGCCGGUUCUGAGUCCCCACCUGCUGAACAAUCACCGGGAGCUCAUGCUGGCUCACCUGGCGCUGGGGUUCAUCAGCAUGGGGUACGUUUGGCAGGAAGGACAGCAUUCACCUGCUCAGGUUCUUCCCAAGGCGCUGGCGUUGCCCUACUGGCUCGUCUCUCGCAGGCUUGGACUUCCACCCAUCCUGACCUACGCAGAUUCAGUUUUAGCCAACUGGAAAUUGAAGAAUCCUGCAGGCGAUAUGGAAAUUGAGAACAUGGACUUGAUCUUUUCAUUCCCCGGUGGCGACAGCAGUAAGGGAUUCUUCCUCGUGUCGUUGUUGGUGGAGAUGGCUGCCAGUUCGGGCUUAAUGGGGGUUCUGGAGGUGAUGCGGGCCGGCUCUGACCUCGUCGGCGUGCACAAAGGUCUCGCAAAAGUAACUCAGUCUUUGAAGAAGAUGAAGGAAGUCUUCAAAAUCAUGCACAAACAUGUCGACCCAGACGUGUUUCAUGGAACAUUGAGGAUCUUCGUCUCUGGGUGGCGAGACAACCCCAUGCUUCCUGGGGGACUGGUCUAUGAAGGCGUCAGCAACGAGCCCAUUCUGCUGUCAGGGGGAAGCGCCGCUCAGAGCUCAGCCAUUCAGUGCUUUGAUGCCUUGCUGGGCGUUCACCAUGCCGAGGACACAGGCGCCUACCUGACGCGCAUGCGCGAUUACAUGCCUCCCGCCCACCGCCAGCUGAUAGAGACGCUCUCUGUCCUCCCGUCUCUGCGGGACUUCAUCCUCGCCUGCUCCAGCCCCGAUCUGUGCCAGGCCUACAACACCUGCGUGUCGGCGCUGGUGGACCUAAGGAGCUACCACCUGAAUACGGUCACUAAAUACAUCAUUGUCCCUGGGAACAGUGCCCGCACCACGGGCUGCCCGCUCAGAGGCGCGGGCGACGCGCUGAAAGCCACGGGGACAGGAGGCACCAACCUCAUGAGCUUCCUGAAGAGCGUGCGCAAUACCACGCAAAAUGUGCUGAUCCCUGAGAGGCCAUCCAUGUUUAGGGAAGUUUAGAAUGUUUAUUGGCACCUUCCAGACACCAUUCUACUGCUGAGCGUGGUCCAACCAACAGGUUAAUGAUUUAAAGUGUUUGUUUGUUCUUUGUUUGUUACUUGGCUGUGCUGUCUGUUGAGCUCUUUGCUACCAAGGCUAGGGUAACUAACUACUUUAUAAUAUAAACAAGUCCGCUCGAUAAAUGAUUUACUACAAUAUAUGGAACCUAAUUUUAUUGUUUUCUUGGCGGAGCGGGGCAUUUUUACUUGUUUAUGUUAUAAAAGUGCACUUUACAUUUAUAAAGGUAUUAAUGCUAUUUAUUCACUAAGGCAUAAAAAAAUCAGACUGUGCUACAGAGAAGGACGAUGCUUUGUGCUGACAUUUAUUUAUGAUUAUAUUCAUAUAAUAAUAAAUAUGUCUUGAGUUUUGACUGUU